GCGGGGCGCGCCGCGAUUGGUCCGCGGCCGUGACGCGCGCGGCGGGGCGGAAGUGGCGGCUCUGACCAUGGACAGCAGUGAUGACAUUGAAGAUGUGUCUCUCUUUGAUGCAGAUGAUGAUGUAUCCAGGAGAUCCAAAAAGUCAAAAAUAAGGCACCCAGUGGCGUCAUUUUUCCACUUAUUCUUCCGAGUCAGUGCCAUAGUUGUUUAUCUGCUCUGUGAGCUCUUAACCAGCAGCUUCAUUGCCUGCAUGGUGACCAUCAUCCUCCUCCUGUCCUGUGACUUCUGGGCAGUAAAGAACGUCACAGGGAGGCUCAUGGUUGGCCUUCGCUGGUGGAACCAGGUGGAUGAUGAUGGCAGAAGUCACUGGGUGUUUGAAGCCAGGAAGGUGUCAGCACAAGGGGGUAAAACCUCAUCUGAAGCAGAGUCCCGAAUUUUCUGGCUAGGCCUGAUCACCUGCCCGAUGAUCUGGGUGAUCUUUGCCUUCAGUGCUCUCUUCUCUUUCAAAGUGAAGUGGUUGGCAGUGGUGGUGAUGGGGGUGGUGCUGCAGGGAGCCAACCUCUACGGCUACAUCAGGUGUAAGGUUGGCAGCAGGAAGAACCUGACCAGCAUGGCAACCAACUACCUUGGGAAGCAGUUCCUGCGGCAGACCAUGGCUACAGAGGACCAAGCAGCAUCCUGAGUGUGGUGGGAGCCUCAGGCCAGGCUGGAUUCUCAGCAGUGACCAACAGAGAAGGUUGCUCUGACCAAUUUGGGAGCUGCACACAAGGUGUGAAUCAAAAGAAGUAAAUAAAUUGUGCAAGACUUGAGGUUAACACUCCUGGCAACUUAUAUUCCAUUUUCCACUAGCAGUUUGUGUUUAAGUCCUUUCUUUAGUUUGAUUAAUGAGAAUUAAUUUGCUUAAACUUUAAAUUAAAAGAUCGCCUGCGUGAGUUUCAUACAGGUUUAGAACUACUGGAUGAGUUAAGAGAAAAUUGCUGGAGAUACUUCAGAAAAGCCAUGUACAAGCUGACCCUUGGCAACUCUCCUGCUCCUCCAGCGCUUGGUGCCUCAGGUAGUUUCAGUUGUGGACAGGUUUUGCUCUUGGAGGUUGUUGCUGCUUCUGUUUAGGGAGUGAUUUUUUGGCCCUGCAUCCCUCAUUGUGUGACUGGAAUGGCGCUGAGUGGUUGCAGUGAGGGGCAUCUGAAGGAAAUGGAGCUGGUGGGAAGAUCACUGAAAUCUGAUGGCAGCUGCAGAAAGUGACCUGUGAGCAGGCCCUGGUUUUCUGAAGCAUCCACAGACCUGGGGAACAUCCCAAACCCCUGGUUCUGUGGGAAUCCCUGCAGGCCUGUGCCUGUCUGGAGAGAGUGGCAGGAGCAGAACCAGUGUCCAGGGAAAGCUGCACCCCCAGGUCCAGCCAGGGGCUGUGAGAGUGGCCCCUGUGUGCCUGACCUGUUACACCGAGGCCAUGGGGUGUCCUGGGAGGGGCCUUCCCUCAGGCCAGGAGGGCGUGGGGGAUGUGGUCAGCAGUUCCCUUGGCACAGGGGCACAGGCAGUGGGACUGGCAGGGUGUUCCCUUCCUGCAGUCCGUGCCCUGUGCUGUCCUUAAGCUCCCCAAGGGCUCUGAGCUGGGGAAGAGCCUUUUGUGGGAUGGUGGCUUGCAGUGCUCGGUGGGAUGGCAGUGGUGUGUUCUGAGCUCAUCUGCGCUCAGUCCUUCGCAUGGGGUUCUGUCCCUGGAGCUCAUGCUUCCACAGCAGUGGGUGCUGAACAUUCUGGGUGAGGAAUUUUAAAUGAAGAAUGUGAUUUCUUUUUGACUCCUGGGUGUUGUGAAUUGUGGGGUUGCAUUAACCUGGUUCCUCUCCCUGUACUCUGCAGUGCUGGGAGCUGUACCUUUGUUCAACUCUUUGGAUUGAUACCUUCCUUUUGUAAAUACUUAUUUAUAAAAUAUGGAAAUUAAAAUACUGCUUUGUUUAACCA